AUGGCAGAAGUCCUGCUCGAUAUCCCCGUCGACGCGCCUCUUUUAGGGGACAAUGAGCGCCAACACGAUGACUCGAACCGCCCUGAUGAUGCGGCCUCGCCUCCCGCCCUCAAGGCCGCACGAUGGCAGGUCAAGUUGCCGAAAACCGCAGUGAGAUUGAUUGCCGUUCUGGAGUUCAUGAUUGUCGCCAGCGGCAUGCUGUUGAUGAUCCCCAUAUACCGCCUGAUUGAGGACACCGUCUGCCACGUCUAUUACGGAGACGACUCCCUGGAUAUGAUUGACGAGAUGAAGUGCAAGACGGACGAGGUCCAGGCGCGAAUGGCGUAUCUGCUUGGCUGGCUGGGGCUGUUCAACUCCAUCAUGAGCCUGCUCACCACGUUUCCUUACGGCAUGCUGGCCGACAAGAUGGGCCGCAAGCCGACGAUACUGCUCGCCUAUGCAGGCAUGACCUUGUCCGCCAUUUCUGGCCCGCUGGUGCUGGGAGUCGGCCAGCAUGUUCUCCGCAAGAAUCCGUAUUUUCUCAUGAUCACCUCACUGCUUCUCUUGAUCGGUGGUGGGACCCCGGUUGUGCUGUCCAUGCUCUAUGCCAUGGCUGCUGAUGUUAGCUCUGAAAAGGACAAAGCUGCCAGCUUUCUUCAGCUUACGUUUGGUGCUACGGCUGGUGGUCUGGCUGGUCCUCUCCUCACGGGAUUCCUGAUGGAGAGGCUUGGCCCCUGGGUGCCCAUCUUCGUCGGAUGGUCCAUCUACCCUUUUAUUUUGCUCCUCUUCUGCUUCAUACCAGAGACGCUCCACGUCGACAAGAAGACAAAGAGGGGCGACGCCGACGUGUCUAUCCAAGCCCUCAAGCGGCAAUUUUACAGCAGCUUGAAGGACUUUAGGGAAGCGCUGGGUCUGUUGAAGAACCCCAGCAUUCCUCUGGUUCUCCUUACAUUUCUGUUUCAAGCCGCACGGUUCACGGCAUACACCAGCACCAUUAUUCAAUACGUCAGCAAGCACUUUGGAUGGCGCCUCGCCGAGACCAGCUUCCUCCUCGCCCCCUUUGGAGUCCUCAACCUCACCGUGCUGGCCGUCCUCCCCAAGAUCUCGGAGAUGCUCGUGUCCCGCCGGUUCGGCUACUCUUCCUUCAGCAAGGAUCUGUUCCUGACGCGGAACUCUACUGUCCUGCUCUUUGUCGGUGCAGUGAUUGAGGGCUUCAGCCACAACGUCGUCCUCUUCAUCAUCGGCCUCUUUGUCGAAACCUUUGGCGCGGCCGCCAGUCCCCUGGCUCGAGCCACAGUCACGCACUACGUUGAGCCCGAGUUCGUGUCCAGGCUGUAUGCUCUGGUGAGCACAAGCGAGAUUGUCGGUUCGUUUAUCGGGGGUCCCGUGCUGGCGUGGUGUUUCGAUGUGGGAUUGCAGAAGAAGGGCGUCUGGACUGGGUUGCCGUGGUUCUACAUUGCGCUCUUGUCGAUGAUUACCUGGGUUGGAUUGCUGUUUGUGCGUCCGCCGCCGGCGAAGAAGAGUUCGGCUGAUGAUGAGAAUGACGAGAUGGAGCCGAUGAAUCCUCAUGACGACUAG